CGUCCAUAAAUAAGCUAACAACAUACACCAAGUGACUAUUCAAUAUUCCCGCCUUCAGUUCUCUCAUCAGAAUGGCCUCGACGGCCUCGAUGCCGGCCAUUCCUGCCGCAGACCUCGCUUCUUUCCACAAGCAUCUUCAGUCGUCGGACCGCAUUCUCGCUCUUUUAGGAGCUGGUCUCUCUGCAUCCUCUGGCCUUCCCACCUUCCGUGGCGCUGGAGGUCUCUGGCGCUCACAUGAUGCCAUGACUCUCGCAACCCCUCAGGCCUUCUCCGCCGACCCGGGACUGGUGUGGCAAUUCUACUCUUACCGCAGGCACAUGGCUCUCAAGGCCAAGCCUAAUCCCGCCCAUUAUGCCCUGGCGGCUCUGGCAGAGAAGAAAGAUAACUUUUUGACCCUGAGCCAGAACGUCGACGGUUUGUCGCAGCGGGCCGGCCACCCGCAAGCAAAUCUACACCUCAUACAUGGAAACCUUUUUGAUUUAAAAUGCUCGGAAUUCUUCUGCGAUUACAAGGAAGAGAAUAAUUUCAAAGACCCUGUCGUUCCUGCUCUUGCCAUGCCAGUGGACGAGUCUGAUCCGACGAGCAACAAUGCAAGGAAAGCGGUGUCGGACGCAUUGCAGGAGAAAGAGCAGGGCACAGCGGCAAAGGAAUUAGACAUAUCCGACGAAAAGGUCCAGCUUCCUGAGCUAAGCUACCGCGAUCUUCCUCACUGUCCGAAAUGCAAGAAGGGGUUGCUCCGACCUGGUGUAGUAUGGUUUGGAGAAUUGCUCCCACAAAAAACCAUCUCGAAUAUCGACGAGUUCAUUACCAAGUCGAAGAAGAUCGAUUUGAUUCUGGUCAUUGGCACCUCUUCAUCCGUUUAUCCUGCUGCCGGCUACGUCGAACGGGUUCGCCGCAAGGGCGCUCGAGUUGCGGUCGUCAAUAUGGAGCGGACUGAUGCGGUUGCAGAGGGCGAUUGGUUCUUCCAGGGAGACGCGGCGCAGAUUGUACCACAAUUGCUGAAACCUGUCAUUGGGGAGGUGGCAGCUGAGGCCGUAGACAAGUCGUGAAGAUCGGGUUAUGCACAUAUCUUAAUGACCUUAACGAUGAAUCCAAACGGUAAGCUUAAGGCAUGCUUGGUUGUACAUUGGGGGCAAUGAGGCAGAAGCUUUGCAGAAGAAUUGGUUAAACGUCUGAGUUUCUCAGCAGUUUCCGAUCGUCAAAAAGACGUUUACAAUCCAUUCUCUCUUAGCAUUGACUCUUCGUAGUGUUUCUCUUUUAUAACGCUUAGGGUGUGCCUAAGGCUAUGCAAACCCUAGCCUGGUAUACCUAUGAACGUCUUCAUGACCAUCGGAAGUUCCUGACCGGUUUAAGUGUUGUAAUUGGUUCUGGCUGUUUACAACAUCUUCCUUUGUAUAACGUGUAAAUGGCUACACAAUACCUAGCC